AUGGCCGACCCCGACGACGGACCGUCUCCGGACGAGACAAUAUCCCAGCUGUUAAAACAAAGAGGAAUCAAGAAGAACAAGGAUGUAGAUCAGCUAUAUCUGGCAGACAAGAGCCUCACACAUGUCACUGACUUGUCACGGUUUGCCUACCUUCGGAUACUGUGGCUGAAUGGGAACAGAUUACGGAGGUUGAAUUGUCUACAUCAGAACUACAUGAUUGAGGAGCUCCAUUUACACAACAAUGAGUUGAUAGAGAUCACCGGUGCCUUACGACAUCUCACUUGUCUCAAAGUUCUCAUGCUUCAGAACAACCAACUGACCAAGCUUGAAAGGGUUGUUCGUGAGUUCUCGAGGAUGCAGUCCCUCCAUACACUAAAUUUAUUCAACAAUCCUGUUGCUCAGGAGAAGGAUUAUCGCCUUUUUGUGAUCCAGUCAGUGCCCUCUGUCACACUCCUCGACAGACAGGAGGUAGCUAAAUCUGAGCGUGAGCUCUCCAAUAGGAUAUAUGACCAGGACAAAGAGAAAAUCCGGGACACCGUUGCCUUUGGGAGAAGAUCGGAAGGCCCGCCCUCAAUAUACUAUCCGGCAGAAAGCAACCAGAGGAACCAGCCUUCUACAGAUUCCAAGCUGAUAGGAAACAGUUUUAUGAGAGAUAAUCCACCCUUUGAGACAGAGGAAGAUGCGAUUGCUGCCCGGCGCAUGAAGAAAUCCCUAAUUGUUUAUACAACGUUUGAUUGGGCCAAAGUUCCGCGUAUAGAAGAACGAAGACAGUCAGACAAACCAUUUGAUUCCCCAGAGUUGAUAACUCACGUGUAUAGAUGAUAAGUGGGAUUGAUAUUGGAAAAUUAAAGACAGUACUACCUUACUUGGUUGUAGAUGUUAAGAUAUUUAUUACGUUGAAUGGCGAAGAAAAAUAAAUAUAUUUAUUAAAGUUGAAUUAUGCUGUACUCCAUAUUCUGUUAAGCAUUGAUAUAUAUACAAAGUAUAUGUUUUUUCAUAAA